AUGCACGUGUCACUAGCUGAGGCCCUGGAGGUUCGGGGUGGACCACUGCAGGAGGAAGAAAUAUGGGCUGUAUUAAACCAAAGUGCUGAAAGUCUGCAAGAACUAUUUAGAAAAGUAAGCAUUGCUGACCCUGCUGCCCUUGGCUUCAUCAUUUCUCCAUGGUCUCUCCUGUUGCUGCCAUCAGGGAGUGUAUCAUUUACAGAUGAAAAUAUUUCCAACCAGGAUCUUCGCGCAUUCACUGCACCUGAAGUUCUGCAAAAUCAGUCACUAACUUCUCUCUCGGAUGUUGAAAAGAUCCACAUUUAUUCUCUGGGAAUGACGUUGUAUUGGGGUGCUGAUCAUGAGGUACCUCAGAGCCAACCAAUCAAACUUGGAGAUCAUCUCAACAGCAUACUGCUUGGAAUGUGUGAGGAUGUUGUUUAUGCCCGGGUCUCUGUUCGGACUCUCCUGGAUGCCUGCAGCGCCCACAUUAGGAAUAGCAAUUGUGCACCUUCAUUCUCCUAUGUGAAACAGCUGGUGAAACUGGUUCUGGGAAAUCUUUCUGGGACAGAUCAGCAUUCCCAUAACAGUGAACAAAAGCCUGAUCGAAGCCAAGCUAUUCGAGACCGACUGAGAGGAAAAGGAUUGCCAACAGGAAGAAGCUCUACUUCUGAUGUACUAGACAUACACAAGUCUCCAUUCUCUCAUCAGACCUUUCUUAACAAAGGGCUUAGUAAAUCUAUGGGAUUUCUGUCCAUCAGAGACACACAAGAUGAGGAAGAUUAUUUCAAGGACAUUUCAUCAGACAAUAAUUCAGGAAAUGAAGAUUCUGAAAAUACCUGCUCCCCUUACCAAUUCAAAACUAGUGACCCAGAAAAAAAAGUUCUCCCUGGCAGUGAUGUGAUUUCCAAGAAGAAGACUUGGGCUUCAUCUUUGGACUUGCUUUGCACAGCUGACAGAGACUUCUCUUCUGGUGAGACUAGCAGAUACCCACACUGUCUUCCUGGGGCAGUAACAGUGAGGACUUCUACUACUCCUAGGAAAAAAGAGGCAAGAUACUCAGAUGGAAGCAUUGCCUUGGAUAUCUUUGGCCCUCAGAAAACAAACUCAAUGCUUCACACACGAGAAGUACCCACCUCCUCAGCCAUAUCAAGUGCUUUGGACCGAAUCCGAGAGCGACAAAAGAAACUUCAGGUUCUAAGGGAAGCCAUGAAUGUAGAAGAACCAAUUCGAAGAUACAAAACUUACCACAGUGAUAUCUUUAGUAUCUCCAGUGAAAGUCCAUCUAUUAUUUCUUCUGAAUCAGAUUUCAGACAAGAAUUAGUAAGAAAAAGUGAAGCUUCAAAGAGGUUUGAAUCCUGCAGUGGUCUCCCAGGGGUAGAUGAAAUCCCAGGUCAAGGCCAGUCACAGAGACCAAGCAGACAAUAUGAAACUCCUCUUGAAGGUAACUUAAUUAAUCAAGAAAUAAUGUUAAAGCGUCAAGAGGAAGAAAUGAUGCAGCUACAAGCCAGGAUGGCCCUUCGACAAUCCCGGUUGAGCUUGUAUCCAGGAGAUACAAUCAAGGCUUCCAUGCUUGACAUCACCAGGGAUCCUUUAAGAGAAAUGGCUCUAGAAACAGCUAUGACCCAAAGAAAAUUGAGGAAUUUCUUUGGUCCUGAGUUUGUGAAAAUGACGAUUGAACCAUUUGUAUCUUUGGAUUUGCCACGAUCUAUCCUUACCAAGAAAGGGAAAAAUGAGGAUAACCGAAGAAAAGUGAGCAUAAUGCUUCUGAGUGGGCAGAGACUGGAGCUGACCUGUGAUACCAAAACUAUAUGCAAAGAUGUGUUUGAUAUGGUUGUGGCCCAUAUUGGUUUAGUGGAACACCAUUUGUUUGCUUUAGCUACCCUCAAAGAUAAUGAAUAUUUCUUUGUUGAUCCUGAUUUGAAAUUAACCAAAGUGGCCCCAGAGGGAUGGAAAGAAGAACCAAAGAAAAAGGGCAAAGCCACUGUUCAGUUUACUUUGUUUUUCCGAAUUAAAUUUUUCAUGGAUGAUGUUAGUCUAAUACAACAUACUCUGACAUGUCAUCAGUACUAUCUUCAGCUGCGCAAAGAUAUCUUGGAGGAGAGGAUGCACUGUGAUGAUGAAACAUGUUUGCUGCUGGCAUCUCUGGCUCUCCAGGCUGAGUAUGGAGAUUAUCAACCAGAUGUUCAUGGUAUGUCUUAUUUUAGACUGGAGCAUUAUUUACCUCCCAGAGUGAUGGAGAAAUUUGAUUUAUCCUAUAUUAAAGAAGACUUGCCCAAAUUGCAUAAUACCUAUGUGGGAGCUUCUGAAAAAGAAACAGAGUUAGAAUUUUUAAAGGUCUGCCAAAGACUAACAGAAUAUGGAGUUCAUUUUCAUCGGGUGCACCCUGAGAAAAAGUCACAAACUGGAAUAUUACUUGGGAUCUGUUCCAAGGGUGUCCUUGUGUUUGAGGUUCAUAAUGGAGUUCGCACAUUGGUCCUUCGCUUUCCAUGGAGAGAAACUAAGAAGAUUUCUUUUUCUAAAAAGAAAAUCACAUUGCAAAAUACAUCAGAUGGAAUAAAACAUGCCUUUCAAACAGACAACAGUAAAGUAUGUCAGUACCUGCUACACCUCUGCUCUUCUCAACACAAAUUCCAGCUGCAGCUGAGAGCAAGGCAGAGCAACCAGGAUGCCCAAGAUAUUGAGAGAGCUUCGUUUAGGAGCCUGAAUCUGCAAGCAGAGUCUGUUAGAGGAUUUAAUAUGGGACGAGCAAUCAGCACUGGCAGUCUGGCCAGCAGCACCCUGAACAAACUGGCUGUCCGACCUUUGUCAGUUCAAGCUGAGAUUCUGAAGAGGCUAUCCUGCUCAGAGCUAUCGCUUUACCAACCAUUGCAAAACAGUGCAAAAGAGAAGAGAGACAAAACUUCAUGGGAGGAAAAGCCUAGAGGGAUGAGUAAAUCAUACCACGAUCUCAGUCAGGCCUCUCUCUAUCCUCAUCGGAAAAAUGCCAUUGUUAACAUGGAAUCCCCAUCACAAACCGUUGCGGAAUUGCUAGGAAAACCAUUUCACCAGAUGGCAAGAUCUGAUACAGAAUCUUUGGCAGGAUUCACAAAGCUUAAUAAUUCAAAGUCUGUUGCAAGUUUAAAUAGAAGUCCUGAAAGGAGGAAACAUGAAUCAGACUCCUCAUCCUUUGAAGAACCUGGUCAAGCAUAUGUUAUAGGAAUGCCUUUGCAUAGUUCUGGAAACUCUUCAUCCCAAGUACCCUUAAAAGAAAAUGAUGUGUUACACAAACGAUGGAGCGUAGUAUCUUCACCAGAAAGAGAGAUCACCUUGGUGAACCUGAAAAAAGAUGCAAAAUAUGGCUUAGGAUUUCAAAUUAUUGGUGGGGAGAAGAUGGGAAGACUGGAUCUAGGCAUAUUUAUUAGUUCAAUUAUUCCUGGAGGACCAGCUGACUUGGAUGGAUGCUUAAAACCAGGAGACCGCCUGAUAUCGGUGAAUAGUGUAAGUCUGGAGGGGGUCAGCCACCAUGCUGCAAUUGAAAUUUUGCAAAAUGCACCUGAAGAUGUGACUCUUGUUAUUUCUCAGCCAAAAGAAAAUAUAUCCAAAGGGUCUUCUACUCCAGUGCACAUUUCCAAUGGCAUGAAAAGCUACUUGAAGAAAUCUUCCUAUAUGCAUGAGAGUGCUAUUGAUUCUUCUGAGGAUCAUUGGCCACGUGGCACCCCAAGGCAUAUCUCAGAGAGCUCCUUUGGGUUACCUAGUGGCCUGCGGGAAGGAAGCCUGAGUUCUCAAGAUUCCAGGACUGAGAGUGCCAGCUUGUCCCAGAGCCAAGUCAAUGGUUUCUUGGCCAGCCAUUUAGGUGAACGAAGCUGGCAAGAAUCACAGCGUGGCAGCCCUACGUCAUCUGUAAUAUCCAAAUCCACUGAAAGAAAAAGGACUUCUAUUGACAGUAAUCUAAGCAAAGUUAAAAAAUCUGGCAUUUCUGAUGCAACAGAUUACUCUGACCGUGGAGAUUCAGACAUGGAUGAAGCCACUUAUUCCAACAGUCAGGAUCAUCAAACACCAAAAAAGGAAUCUACCUCCUCAAUGAAUACAUCCAACAAAAUGAAUUUUAAAACUUUUACUUCAUCACCUCCAAAACCUGGAGAUAUCUUUGAGGUUGAACUGGCUAAAAAUGAUAACAGCUUGGGAAUAAGUGUCACGGGAGGUGUGAAUACCAGUGUUAGACAUGGUGGCAUUUAUGUGAAAGCUGUUAUUCCCAAGGGAGCAGCAGAAUCUGAUGGUAGAAUUCACAAAGGUGAUCGUGUCCUAGCUGUCAAUGGAGUUAGUCUGGAAGGAGCUACCCAUAAGCAAGCUGUGGAAACACUGAGAAAUACAGGACAGGUCGUUCAUCUGUUGUUAGAAAAGGGACAGUCUCCAGCUUCUAAAGAACAUGCCCCUAUAACCUCACAGUGCACUCUUCCAAAUCCAGAUGUCCAAGGUCAAGCCCCAGACAAAAUGAUGAAGAAAAUGACUACUAUCAAAGACUACAGCUUUGUCACUGAAGAGAAUACAUUUGAAGUAAAACUGUUUAAAAAUAGCUCAGGCUUAGGAUUCAGUUUUUCUCGAGAAGAUAAUCUUAUACCUGAGCAAAUGAAUACCACCAUAGUAAGAGUUAAAAAGCUCUUCCCUGGACAGCCAGCAGCAGAAAGUAGAAAAAUUGAUGUGGGAGAUGUUAUCUUGAAAGUCAAUGGCACCUCCUUGAAAGGACUGUCUCAGCAGGAAGUCAUAUCUAUCCUCCGAGGAACAUCUCCAGAAGUAUCCUUGCUUCUCUGCAGACCUCCUCCUGGCGUGCUACCAGAAAUUGACAGUGCUCUUUUGACCCCACUGCACUCUCCAGCACAGGUACUUCCAAACACCAAUAAAGACCCUUCUCAGCCAGCAGGAGUGGAGCAAGGCAUCAGCUCAGAUGAAAAGGAAAUGUCUGACAAAAACAUGAAACAGUGCACGUCCCCAAGCAGGAAAGACAGUUUUAGUGACAGCAGUGGGAGUGGAGAAGAAGACAUGAUGAAAACUGCAACAAAGAAACCAAAUAUGAGCUGGAAUUCAACUUUACACCAGACUCUAAGCAACAUGGCAUCACAAGGACAAAGUCAACAUGGAGCAACCAAGAAUCAAGAAGAUAAUAUUUGUACCACAUUUUACUAUACACAGAAAACACUCAAUAAGCCAGAAUUUGAAGACAGUAACCCACCCUGCCCUAUAUCACUGGAUGUGACUCCUGGGCAGAGUUGUCAACCCCAGUCAGAAUCUGCUUCCUCGAAUUCAAUGGAUAAACAUCAUUUACACCAUACUUCCGAACCAGCUAGACAAGAAAGCUUGACAUCAUUGAAAAAUGAUUUGGAAAACCACCUUGAAGAUUUUGAGCUAGAAGUAGAACUCCUCAUUACCCUAAUUAAAUCGGAAAAAGGAAGCCUGGGUUUUACAGUAACGAAAGGCAGUCAGAGCAUUGGUUGUUAUGUUCAUGACGUCAUUCAGGAUCCAGCCAAAAGUGAUGGAAGGCUAAAACCUGGGGAUCGGCUCAUAAAGGUUAAUGAUACCGAUGUUACAAAUAUGACUCAUACAGAUGCAGUGAAUCUCCUCCGAGCUGCACCCAAAACGGUCAGAUUAGUUCUUGGACGGAUUCUAGAAUUACCCAGGAUGCCAGUGCUACCUCACUUGCUACCUGACAUUACAUUAAUGUGCAAAAACAAAGAAUUGGGUUUUUCCUUAUCUGGAGGGCUUGGCAGCCUCCAUCAAGUGGUAUAUGUCAGUGAUAUCAAUCCAAAGUCACUUGCAGCCAUUGAGGGUAAUCUCCAGCUCUUAGACAUCAUCCAUUAUGUGAACGGAGUCAGCACACAAGGAAUGACCUUGGAAGAAGCUAAGAGAACUUUAGAUAUGUCACUUCCUUCAGUGGUACUAAAAGCAACAAGAGAUGGUCUUCCAGUGGUCCCCAAUUCCAAGAGUUCUUCUGUUUCAACUAUAAAGUCAACUAAAUCCAAUGGUCACCACAUCGUGGAGCCUUGUGGCAAGCCUGUUCUCACACCAAAUAAUUCAUUCUCCAAAGUUAAUGGGGAAGAAAUCAUUGAAGUUUUAUACCCUGAAGAAAAAUGUUCAACUUAUCAGAUGAAGGAAUCAGCAGACUUGAUUUUGUCCGAAGGUAGUUUUCCAAACCAUUCAUCCAGUCACUCUAACUGCCCUAGUAAUUCAGACUCUAAUGUACAAGAAGAUGACAUUUAUGAUGAUCCUCAAGAAGCUGAAGUUAUCCAAUCUCUUCUGGAUGUUGUAGAUGAGGAAGCCCAGAAUCUUCUAAACCAAAAUAAUACAGCAGGAGACACCUGUGAUCCAGGUGCACUGAAAACCAAUGGGAAGUUAUCUGAAGAGACAACAGAGGAUACAGACUGUGAUGGUUCACCUUUACCUGAAGAUUUUACAGAGUCUACCAAAAUGAAUGACUGUGAGGAAUAUCAUGAAGAAAAAGUAAAAAGUGAAAGCUCAAUUCAGAAGUCCCAAGAAAGGAAGACUGAUGAUGAUGAAAUAACUUGGGGAAAUGAUGAAUUGCCCAUAGAGACAAUAAACCAUGAAAAUUCUGACAAAGAUCAUCCCUUUCUGACAGUUGAGGAGCUUGCUGCGCUCCCGGUCGUCAGAGUGCUACCCUCUGGUAAAUACACUGGAACAAAUUUGAAAUCGGUCAUUCGAAUGUUGAAGGGGUUACUGGAUCAAGGCAUUCCUUCCAAGGAACUGGAAAAUCUUCAAGAAUUAAAACCUUUAGAUCAGUGCCUAAUUGGGCAAACUAAGGAAAACAGAAAGAAGAACAGAUAUAAAAAUAUACUUCCCUAUGAUGCCACAAGAGUGCCUCUUGGAGAUGAAGGUGGGUAUAUCAACGCCAGCUUCAUCAAGAUACCAGUGGGGAAAGAAGAGUUCGUUUAUAUCGCCUGCCAAGGCCCUCUCCCUACAACUGUUGGAGAUUUCUGGCAGAUGAUUUGGGAACAAAAAUCAACAGUGAUCGCCAUGAUGACCCAAGAAGUAGAAGGAGAAAAAAUCAAAUGUCAGCGUUAUUGGCCUAACGUCCUAGGCAAAACCACAAUGGUCAAUGACAGGCUUCGGCUGGCUCUCGUGAGAAUGCAGCAGCUGAAGGGCUUUGUCGUAAGGGCAAUGACCCUAGAAGAUAUUCAGACAGGAGAGGCGCGCCAUAUUUCUCAUCUGAAUUUCACUGCCUGGCCAGACCACGAUACACCUUCUCAGCCAGACGACUUGCUCACUUUUAUCUCUUACAUGAGACACAUUCACACAUCGGGCCCAGUCAUCACGCACUGCAGCGCGGGCAUUGGACGUUCAGGAACCUUGAUAUGCAUAGAUGUGGUUCUAGGACUAAUCAGUCAAGAUCUUGAUUUUGACAUCUCUGAUGUCGUGCGUUGCAUGAGACUACAAAGACAUGGAAUGGUUCAGACAGAGGAUCAAUAUAUUUUCUGCUAUCAAGUCAUCCUUUAUGUCCUGACACGUCUUCAAACUGAAGAAGAGCAAAAAAGAGCAACUCCUGCCUCUGAAAUGACAUGAAGAGGAAAACCUUCCGGAUACCUUCCAUUUCUCUCUUUACCUUCCACAGACGCCCCUGCUCUCUCUCAGAUAAAGAUCACAGGGCAGCAAGUGCAGAUCAUAUCUUUAUGCUUACUCUCCUCUACCUCAGAGGGGCAUUCUCCAUAGCUAUUAUAAUAAUGUGGAAGUGCUGUAUUUUUACAGCUAAUUUAACCUGUGAUAAUUAUUUAAAAAGGAUUUAGCACUAACGGAACAAUGCAGAUCUUAGGGGUGAUUAAGGCAGCAUUUGAUCAUAAUGGACAUUGUUACAAAACACACUCAGUCUAUUUUUAACACACCAGUCCUGUUCAUAGUGAAGUUCUUUUCCAGUAUUUUAAAUAAAGUAGUUAUUUUAUAGGGGAUACUUGAAACCAGUAUUUAAGCUUUAAAUGACAGUAAUAUUGGCAUAGAGAAAAAGUAGCAAAUGUUUACUGUAUCAGUUUCUAAUGUUUACUAUAUAGAAUUUCCUGUAAUAUAUUUAUAUACUUUUUCAUCAAAAUGGAGUUAUCAGAUGUUUGUAACUGCAUCAACUCUUUUUAUGUAUCAUCUCACCUUGUAAAUAAACACACACCUUUAAACAUAAACAAGCCAGAACUGU